GAGGGGGCAGCAGGAUGCUGGUGGCAGUAGAGGGGGCCGACCGGGUGCCUCCGCAGCUCAGCUGGCAGGGCCCGGUGGGGCGUGUGUGGCUGCUGGUGCGCGCCCCCCGGCCCCACGCCUCCCCAUGCAGCCCUGGCAGUGCCUCCGGCGCUUUGCCCUAGCCUGGUGGGAGAGGACCGCGGAGGGUCGCGCCCGCUCUCCCAGGGAGGAGGUUGGACCGAGGGACCCUGGGGGCCGAGGGGAACCAGGGCUCCAGCGAGCGGCGGGAGGGAAGCCUGCAGGACUCUGUUCCCUCUGUUUAAAGUCUCCAGAUCCUGAGCGGAGCAGCCCCCCCAUGCUGUCUGCCGACGAUGCCGAGUACCCUCGGGAGUACCGGACCCUGGGGGGUGGGGGCGGCGGGGGCAGCGGGGGCCGGCGCUUCUCCAAUGUGGGGCUGGUGCACACCUCCGAGCGGCGGCAUACCGUGAUUGCUGCCCAGAGCCUGGAGGCGCUCAGCGGGCUCCAGAAGGCGGAUGCUGACCGCAAGCGAGAUGCAUUCAUGGACCAUCUGAAGAGCAAGUACCCCCAGCAUGCCCUGGCCCUGCGAGGCCAGCAGGACAGGAUGCGGGAGCAGGUCGGCGGCUGGACCGUGGACCCUGUGUGUCUCCUCAGCUCCCUCUGUUCCCACCUCCACGGCGAUUCCACCCCCUCCGGGGCUGGCCAGCCUUCCCAGCAACCAAACUACUGGAGUUUCAAGACCCGCAGCUCGCGCCAUACUCAGGGAACCCAGCCAGGACUGGCAGACCAGGCAGCCAAGCUGUCCUACGCCUCGGCUGAGUCGCUGGAGACCAUGUCCGAGGCGGAGCUGCCCCUGGGCUUCAGCAGGAUGAACCGCUUCCGACAGAGCUUGCCUCUCUCCCGCUCUGCCAGCCAGACCAAGCUGCGCUCACCAGGGGUUCUGUUCCUGCAGUUCGGGGAGGAGACGCGACGCGUACACAUCACACAUGAGGUCAGCAGCCUGGACACGCUGCACGCACUCAUCGCGCACAUGUUCCCGCAGAAGCUCACCAUGGGCAUGCUUAAGUCGCCCAACACCGCCAUCCUCAUCAAAGACGAAGCGCGGAACAUCUUCUACGAGCUGGAGGACGUCCGGGAUAUUCAGGACCGCAGUAUUAUCAAGAUCUAUAGGAAGGAGCCACUUUAUGCUGCUUUUCCUGGCUCACACCUCACCAACGGGGACCUCCGGAGAGAGAUGGUGUAUGCGUCACGGGAAUCGUCGCCCACGCGGCGCCUCAACAACCUGUCGCCCGCAUCACACCUAGCAUCUAGCUCACCACCUCCAGGGCUUCCAUCGGGGCUGCCGUCGGGGCUGCCGUCGGGGCUGCCGUCGGGACUGCCGUCGGGCUCGCCCUCGCGCUCACGCCUCUCCUACGCUGGGGGCCGCCCGCCCUCUUACGCUGGCAGUCCCGUGCACCACGCGGCUGAGCGGCUGGGAGGCGCCCCGUCCAGCCAGGGCGUGAGUCCCAGCCCCAGCGCCAUACUGGAGCGGCGCGACGUGAAGCCGGACGAGGACCUGGCGAGCAAGGCGGGCGGCAUGGUGCUGGUGAAGGGCGAGGGCCUCUACGCCGAUCCCUACGGGCUUCUGCACGAGGGCCGCCUGAGCUUGGCCGCCGCUGCGGGUGACCCGUUCGCAUACCCAGGCGCAGGCGGCCUGUACAAGCGGGGCUCAGUGCGCUCACUCAGCACCUACUCGGCCGCCGCUCUGCAGUCCGACCUGGAGGACUCGCUGUACAAGGCAGGCGCCGGUGGCCCGCUCUACGGCGAUGGUUACGGCUUCCGCCUGCCGCCUUCGUCCCCGCAGAAACUGGCCGACGUGUCGGCGCCCUCUGGGGGACCCCCGCCCCCGCACAGCCCCUACUCGGGGCCGCCCAGUCGUGGCUCGCCAGUGCGCCAGUCCUUCCGCAAAGACUCGGGCUCCUCGUCGGUCUUUGCAGAGAGUCCCGGAGGCAAGGCCCGCAGCACCGGGAGCGCCUCGACGGCCGGAGCACCACCUUCUGAGCUCUUCCCUGGACCUGGGGAGCGCUCCCUAGUAGGGUUCGGGCCGCCAGUGCCAGCCAAGGACACAGAGACCAGGGAGCGCAUGGAGGCCAUGGAGAAGCAGAUUGCCAGCCUCACCGGGCUGGUGCAGAGUGCCCUACUUCGAGGUUCAGAGCCUGAGACCCCGAGUGAGAAGAUUGAAGGCUCCAAUGGAGCAGCCACCCCCUCAGCACCAGCCUGUGGAUCAGGUAGUCGGAGCAGCGGGGCUACUCCAGUGUCAGGCCUUCCCCCACCGUCGGCCAGCAGCACCCCUGCAGGACAGCCCACUGCCGUCAGCCGCCUGCAGAUGCAGCUGCACUUGCGUGGUCUACAGAACAGCGCUAGCGACCUUCGAGGCCAGCUUCAGCAAUUGCGAAAGCUCCAGCUCCAGAACCAAGAGUCGGUACGCGCGUUGCUGAAGCGCACCGAGGCGGAACUGAGCAUGCGCGUGUCGGAGGCGGCGCGGCGGCAGGAGGACCCGCUGCAGCGGCAGCGCACCCUGGUGGAGGAGGAGCGGUUGCGUUAUCUCAACGAUGAGGAGCUCAUUACUCAGCAGCUCAAUGACCUGGAGAAGUCCGUGGAGAAGAUCCAGAGGGAUGUGGCCCAUAACCACCGGCUGGUGCCUGGUCCUGAGUUGGAAGAGAAGGCUCUGGUGCUGAAGCAGCUUGGGGAGACGCUAACGGAGCUCAAGGCUCAUUUCCCAGGCCUGCAGAGUAAGAUGCGGGUGGUUCUGCGUGUUGAGGUGGAGGCCGUGAAGUUCCUGAAGGAGGAGCCUCAGCGCCUCGAUGGACUUCUCAAGCGCUGCCGGGGAGUCACUGACACGCUGGCCCAGAUCCGCAGGCAAGUGGAUGAGGGUGUGUGGCCACCCCCCAACAAUCUCCUGAGCCAGUCUCCCAAGAAGGUGGCAGCUGAAACAGACUUCAGCAAGGGCUUGGACUUUGAAAUACCACCCCCCAGUCCUCCACUGAAUCUCCAUGAGCUGAGUGGGCCUGCCGAAGGAGCCCCUCUGACCCCAAAGAGCAGCAACCCCACCAAAGGCCUGGAUGCUCCCGGCAAGAGAAGCAUGGACAAAGCUGUGUCUGUUGAGGCUGCGGAGAGAGACUGGGAAGAGAAACGGGCAGCCCUGACCCAGUACAGCGCUAAGGACAUCAACCGACUGCUGGAGGAGACACAGGCAGAGCUGCUCAAGGCCAUCCCUGACCUGGACUGUGCCAGCAAGGCCCACCCAGGACCCACCCCCACCCCAGACCACAAGCCCCCCAAGGCACCCCAUGGUCAGAAGGCAGCCCCCCGGACAGAGCCCAGUGGGAGAAGAGGUUCAGAUGAGCUCACAGUGCCCCGAUACCGCACAGAGAAGCCCUCCAAGUCGCCCCCACCACCCCCUCCCCGCCGGAGUUUCCCUUCCUCCCACGGCCUGACCACCACUCGCACUGGAGAGGUGGUGGUCACCAGCAAGAAAGACUCGGCCUUCAUCAAGAAGGCUGAGUCUGAGGAGCUGGAGGUCCAGAAGCCCCAGGUGAAGCUUCGCCGGGCUGUGUCUGAGGUGGCCCGCCCUGCCUCCACACCACCCAUCAUGGCCUCUGCCAUCAAGGAUGAAGACGACGAAGAGCGCAUCAUCGCUGAGCUGGAGAGUGGUGGUGGCAGCGUGCCACCCAUGAAGGUGGUGACUCCAGGAGCCUCUCGGCUGAAGGCGACCCAGGGCCCAGCAGGCAGCCCCGACAAAGGCAAACACAGCAAGCAAAGGGCGGAGUACAUGAGGAUCCAGGCCCAGCAGCAGGCCACUAAACCAUCUAAAGAGAUGAGCGGGUCAAAUGAGACCUCGAGCCCAGUCUCAGAAAAGCCCUCUGGUUCCAGAACCUCCAUCCCUGUAUUGACUUCCUUUGGGGCAAGGAAUUCUUCCAUCUCCUUCUAGAAGGCCCUCGUGCCACCACCCAGUCCUCCCCCCACUCCUGCCAUCGGUCCCUGCUUCCUUUCAUGCCCUCCCCACCCUCCCCACUCUCACGCCUGGAGGGUUUGGGGCCCUGGCCCUCAGCUCUCUCUCAUCUCCUUCUGGUGUCUUGGUUUUUUUAGUGAUUCUCUUUUAGUUAUCUCUUCCUUCCUUCCUUUCUUUCCUCCUUCCUUCCUUCCUUCCUUCCUUUCAAGAACAAAAGAGAAAACUAAAAACCAAACACACCAACUUCCCUUGACUUCCUGUUUCCUAACAGGCCCCCUCGGCCUGCUUCCUGUCAUCUUCUCUCCUCUACUCUCUCACCCUCUUCCUCCCAAGUCCAUCCAACCUUUCCUAACUUCCCAAGAACACUUGGAACAAACUCUGAGCCACGGAGACUUGCAGCGGAGAGAGACCCCCCUCCCGUUACUGGGUUCCUUCCUGGAAGGACAAAUGGACAUGGACUGACCCAGCAUCAGGCUGGACAAUGGACAAGAUAGACCCUGGCCUGGGAGACACUCCACUGCCUGUCCAGCCUUCGAAGAGACACAGAUCUGCGUUGGCCUGCGGUUUCCUCUUGAACCAGGGUGGGCCUGUAAGUGGGCCUGCUGGAUAGGAUUUCCCAGAGAAGAUGCCAAGGCUGCGGAAUGGGGGGGCACUAGGUACUAGGGGAGGAGCCAGCUCACUGUUGCUCAGUGUCUGGCUGGUGCUAGCAAGGGACAGAAGGAGGGAGGCCCCUCGUUCGGGGGGGCUCCUGUGGGCAGCCUGCCCCGGGGCUCUGCCUUGGGAGAGGGCAACCCUAAGAGGGGCAUUUGGUACUUUUAGUUUUCUAAUUUAGCACUUUAAAUGCCAUUAACUUAUUUUAUGGGGGUGGGGUGGGCAAGAUGGAAGGGCCUAGAAACAAGUUUGGAGGGUGGGACGGGUCUGGUUGUGAGGGAAAUAAGAGGGGGGGGGUGGGUGCUGUAAGACUCUGACCCUUAGCUGGGGGCAACUUGGCCUUCAACAAGCCUUUAUGAUUUGAGGGUUUUCAGGGAAGGGGUGAGAUGUGAUUUGUCUAUGGGGAUCUGGUGACCACUAUGAGGUGUUUGAGGGUCCCCAAGGCAGAGCCAGUAGUUGGUAUGAAUACCUUGCAAGGGUCCUGAACAGGGCAGACUAGCUUUUGGGUGGGCCCUGGAGGCAAAGGGAGAGGCUGGCUUGGUCCUGGCCUGGUCCCCAGCAGGCACAGAGGGGCCAGAACAAGAAGGGAGAUCCGGGGAGGGGCUAGAAGGCUGGAGGGGCUCCAUUUGGAGCACAAGGCAGAGUAAGCACAGAGAUGUGGUCUUGGGACCAGUCCCCCAGUAAGCACAGAAGGAACCAUGGAAGGGACAGGACCACAAGGCCUUGGAGCCUGGCAGGGGAGGCCAGCAGCAGUUGUUGAGUUUGGGGAGGCAGGGAAAACUGGGUGUGUUUCUUUUCUUUUUUUAAUUUCUGCUUCUGUUUUGUUGAUUCACCCUUGUUUUCUAGCUUUGGGUCAUUUUUGUACCAAGGCAAGCAAGCCUUUUUUGAAAAAUAACAAAAGAAGAAAAAAUCCCUCCCAGGAAAACAAACAAAAAAAUUAAAAAAAAAAAACAAAAAAAUAAAACAAACAAAAAAACCCCUAGAAAAUAGGGGGUUAAAAAAAAGGACCUCACAAUGAUGCAAUUACUUUUAAUUGCAAGCAACUCUUUACAUUUAAGUGAAGUGUCUUAACAUUUUAUAUUGUUUUAAAAAUAUAUUUACAUAUUAUAUAUAUAUAAUAUACGUAAUAUAAAUAUAUAUAAAUAUUUAAAAAAGAGAAAAAAAGAAAACCACAGCGCACUCUCCCUGGCUGCUGUCUGGCAGGGGGAGGGGCUGGGGGAUAGGUGUGUGGCUUCUGUAGUUGGUGAAGCAGUUUGGUUUGAUUGGGCUGUACAGAGAUCCCUGGCUUGGGAGGGGAGGGGGCGGGGCCCCUCCCCUCCAUUUCUCUUUGCUUGCUACUCUUUGCUUGCCCCCAGACCCCCUCAGCCCUGUGACUUGAGUGUGCGCCCCUCUGUCAUUGUCCUGAGUUGAGUGUCCUCUGUGGAGGGAGGGAGAACUGGGAGAAAUGACCAUCCAUACAGGGGCUGCCCAGGCUCUCAGGCAGGGCCUGUGGGAUUUGCAUAGUUCUUCACUUUGGUUCCUGCGCAUGUGUGUGCUGGGAGGCAUUUGUAUGGGAUUGUGUGCGGCCUGCGUGUGUGCACAUUGGCACAAGCCUACAUAACUUACGUGUGUGCACAUGCAUGGAGUGUGUGUGCAUAGGCAAAAUUUAUAUUGUAUGUGUGAAGCUGUGUACAUGUAUGUGCAUAUAACCUGCCUGGGCAUCAGCAUGAUUGUGUGAAAGGAACCUUGGCAGUAAGCACAUGUGUAAUGUGUGUGCAGACGUGCCUGGCUAUUCAUGUGAGGACCAUAUGUGGACGGAUAGAGAUCACGAGAGCUGUGGGUAUGGCUGUGUACAGGUGCUGGCAGGCGUGUGAGAGGGCCUCUGUGUGUGUCAGUGUGCGUGUGCAUGUGUGUGCGCUCCGUCACCCCUGCACCACUUGCCCGCCUCCCCCCCGAGGCCUCCCUCCCCACACCUUCACAAAGCCCACAGCACGUCAAUGCUGCAUGUGCCCAGACGCUCUGUCCAUCAGUGUGUGCUUGACAAGAGAAACUGCCACAUUGGGGACCCUGUACCUGGUCCCCUCACCCCUGCCCGCUGUGCUGUGUUUACUCGCAUGGGGGUUCUCUCUGGCCCCUUCCACAAUAAACUGUUUCCCCAGGGGCUUCAGGGCCCAGGCUUUAGUGGGGUCCCAGGUGGGGCCCCCAAGGCCAGCCUGGCUCCACACCCACCCCACCCACCCUGUAGGGCCUGUGUUGGUGUAGCAGUGAUGGCUUCUGUGGAUAUUCUGUGACCUCUGUCAGUGUAACUUGACAAUUUCUAAAUGGAAAGGGUUGCUGUGUUUUCUGUCUCUUUUUUUUAUUGUCCUUUUUCUUCCCUUCCUCCUUGCUUCCUUCCCUUCCUCUUGGUUUUUCUAGCCAAGUGUUGGGGCUUUAAUAAAACUUGUUUCCUUUUUCUCUCCUGGA